CAACGACCUCACAUCUCCAAACCCUCCACCACCAUCACCCACAUGCAAUUCCCCCGCCAGCCAAAAUGCCAACGGAGAACACCCCCCUCCUCCAGGACCAGGAAAACCAGGACUCCCAGGCCCAACCCUCCAUCCCCCCCUCAUCCCAAUCCCAAAAUGUCCCCUCCCAACCACACUCCACGUUCGCCCGCCGCCUAACCGCCACCUCCGCCUUCACCCUCCUAAUCUCCAUAAUAAUCGGCUCCGGCAUCUUCAGCUCCCCCGGCCCCAUCGACGCCAACGUGCCCUCCCCCGGCGCCGCGCUCCUAACCUGGCUCGUCGGCGGCAUCGUCGCCUGGACCGGCGCGCUCACCAUGGCCGAACUCGGCACCCUUUUCCCCGGGCCCGGCGGCAUCCAACCCUACCUAAGCCACAUGUACGGCGAGGUUUUCGGGUUCUUGGCGGCCUGGUCGUGGGUCGUGGCGACGAUGCCGGCGACGCUCGCGAUCUUGAGCGUUGCGUUUGUGGAGAGUGUGUAUUCGAGUCUCGGUGUUAAUGAUGCGGCGCCUGGGGUGGUGCACAAGCUUUGGGGGUUGCUUGUUGUGGGGACGGUGACGGUGUUGAAUUCGAUUAGUACGAGGACGAGUACGCGGUUGGGGAGUUUCUUUGUGGGGGUGAAGUUUUUGUCCGUGUUUUUGCUGAUUGUGGCGGGGGUUGCGGCGGUGGGGGUGUUUGUGACGAGAGGGAGGGAUCUAGGGGGUGGGGAUUGGCAUCAGAGGGGGUGGUUUGAGAAGAGGGAGACGGUGUUGCCGGAUGGGGGGACGAUUCGGUGGGAGGAGGUGGGUGUGUGGGAGUCGUUGGGGUUUUAUAGUACGGCGUUGUAUGGGGCGUUGUGGGCGUACUCGGGCUGGGAUAAGGCGAACUAUGUAGCCGCGGAGCUCAAGAACCCGAGGAAACAGCUCCCGCUCGCUAUCAACACUGCGAUUCCGACUAUCAUCGUGUGCUAUGUUGCCGCGAACGCAGUCUACUACGUCCUCCUCCCCUGGAAAGUCGUCUCCAUCACUGAUGCAGCCGCCGUCACAGCAGUAACCCACUUCCUCGGCAAAACCGUAGCCUACAUCGCGACCUUCCUCAUCUGCCUCGUGAUCGCCGGCUCCGCGCUCGGAAACUCCUUCGUCGCAGGCCGCAUGACCGUCGCCGCCGCGAACAAAGGCUGGAUCCCCGCCGUAUUCGGCACCGUGGGCCAGAUAGGUCCGUUCAAGAUCUCCCACCACCUGCGUUCCUCAAAGGACGCCUCAAACGCCGACGCCUCCUCCGCCUCCUCUCCCACCUUAAUCGACCAAAGCGACGAUGAUACGUCGGACGAAGACGCCCUGGAUAGAGGCGACUCACCAAUCAACGCACUCCUCCUAAACUUCCUCCUCUCAGCAAUCUACAUCCUCCUCUUCCCCAUGCGCACCCUCCUCACGCUCAAUGGCCUGGCAGAGUACUUCUUCUUCUUCCUGACGGUCCUCGGCGCCAUCGUCCUGCGUUUCCGCGAGCCGGACCUCGAGAGGCCCGUCAAGCCGAGUAUCGUGGUGCCGGGCGUGUUUUGUGUUAUCAGUGGGUUUGUGGUGGUUAGGGGUGCGGUCGGGGAGGUGCUGCAGGCGGGGGUUUUGGUGGGCGUGUGGGCGUUGGGUGGGGUUUGGUGGGCUGUUAGGGGGAGGAGGGGGAGGGAUUGA